CCCAACCCCCAGCAUCAGCCUCUCGUCGAAACUCACAUCACAAGGCAACACACACGCACGCACACACGCACAAAUUGUCGCAUUUAUUUAUUCUGCUCUUAAAUACAAAAUAAAAGCUUAAGCGACAAAUUGGAAUACGAUACGUUGAGGCGAGAGACCGCCAGGCAUCGAUGGGCCGAUAGCAGCAGAAUCCCAGAGGGAGAUCGCUCUGAUCUGGCAGGCGGUCCCCGCGCUGUGCGCAGAACAAACCCAAAGAGCAGCCAGAAGGCAGCAGGCAGAUCCAUCCGCGCCAGUCAGGCGCGGACAUCGGAUGAUCUAUGGGGAGGACGAUGCCGGCACCUGGCAGAGCCGCUUGGUGCACGCCUCGCGCCUUGCACCACCCGAGCGCUCCGCUUCCUACACCUCGAACCGCAACUUUUUGCAAAGCUUUGAGCGAUUUCGGAGUGGCGUCCCCACGAAGCACUCGGCCAAGAAAACACACACAGCCAGCGACAGGCCUCCCGCAGGCAGGUGGAAGCUGACGCCACUACCUUCGCCCGUGUGUCCCUAUGAGUUUCCAAUUGAUAUUCACUCGAAAAGCAAGGGCCGCACCCCGACCAGCUACAUGGCCCAGCUGGCCCGCCGUCUGUGGGGGGCAUCUGCCAGGGAAGCGCACCCCGAAGAGUCCUCGGAGUGUGACACAGAAACCUCAGCCGUAGAGGUUUCCGCAGCAGCGUCCAGGCAGGAAUACUUCGAGGGUCACCACUCCAGCUCUGACGCGGAGUUUCCUGAGCAGCAUUUGCGAGCUAUCCGACGAUGA